AUGGGGGAGCAGCUCAGCACGGCCAGCAGCCCUCCGGAGCCCCCUCCAGCCGAAGGACCCCCGCCCCCGCCGGGGAGCGACGCCGGGGAGAGCCCCUUGCCUCCGGGUGAGCCCGCCGCCGGCGAAGAGGCGGAGGAGGGGGGCAACGGCAGCCGCCGCCUCCCCGCUCGCAGGCCCGGCGUCUACUGCACCGUCUACUGCGUGGAGGGCGAGCGGCAGCCCGGCGGAGGCGCCGCAGAGGAGCCCCGCGCCGCCUCCCCCGCCCCGCCGCCGCCGCCAAGCCAUGGCGGCCUCGGAGAGAACAACAACGGCGGCGGCGGCGGCGGGGGAGGCCUGGAGGUGGUGGACCUCUACCUGCUCCCGGAGCCCUUCUCGGGGCUGCUCUCGGGGGACUUCGGCCCGCUCCUGGUCCUCACCUGCCGCGUCUGCCUGGAGGAGAAGCCCCUCAAGCCGCUGCCCUGCUGCAAGAAGCCCGUCUGCGAGGAGUGCCUCAAGCGCUACCUCAGCUCCCAGGUGCAAGUGGGGCAAGCGGACAUCCCGUGCCCAAUAACCGAGUGCAGUGAACAUCUGGAUGAAACAACUGUCCUCUUCAACCUGCCACAUGACGACAUCAUCAAAUAUAAGUACUUCCUGGAACUUGGCCGUAUCAGCUCGAGCACCAAGCCAUGCCCUCAAUGCAAGCACUUUACAACCUUCCGGAAGAGAGGCCACAUUCCAACCCCCACCAAAAUGGAGAACAAGUACAAAAUCCAGUGUCCAACCUGUCAAUUCACGUGGUGUUUUAAGUGCCACUCUCCCUGGCAUGAAGGUAUUAACUGCAAAGAAUACAAAAAGGGAGACAAGCUGUUACGUCACUGGGCCGGUGAAAUUGAACACGGACAAAGAAAUGCUCAAAAGUGUCCAAAAUGCAAGAUUCAUAUUCAGAGGACAGAGGGAUGUGACCACAUGACUUGCUCUCAGUGUAACACUAAUUUCUGUUAUCGCUGUGGGGAAAGAUACCGCCAGCUCCGUUUCUUUGGAGAUCAUACGUCAAACCUCAGUAUAUUUGGAUGCAAAUAUCGCUACCUCCCCGAGAGACCACAUUUAAGGAGAUUUGUGAGAGGCUCUGUCUGUGGUGGGAAGUUGCUAAUUGCACCAUUGAUACUGGUUUUGGGACUAAUAAUGGGAGCCAUAGCUGUUAUAGUAGGUUUUUUUGUGUUCCCUAUCUAUUGCCUUUGUAAAAAGAAGAGGAAAAGACCACGGACAGAAAUGCCUUGGUAUGAGUGAACACUCUCAUGUCUGAAGGGAGCUGGUCCUGAAAGGCUUAAGCAAAGAUGUGCAACAUGGCAAUAUUGUGCUGGUUAACUGUCCCGAAGCUGCAUCCUUGGCAGAGAAUCAGGAGGGAUCUGCCACAUUCCUUCUGCACAGUACACUACUUGAGACAGGCCAGAUUGCUUUUGUGCUCUGGUGCCUCAGAAAAAUGGAGGUUUCUAAAUAUGUUUAUUUUUUUAACUUGCACCACAAGGUUUAGAUCAAUUUUUAUUUUCUUGGACAGCCUGUAUCUACACUGUGCCUGCAUAUCUACUGAUGAGCCGAUGAAAAAAACAUUUAAUUUGGUAACAUAUUUUUUUAGUUACUGACCUAAUACUAGGCCUUUGGGGGGAAAUAUCUGGAUUCAAUGUGAGUGAAGAUUAUUUGCUUUAUUUUAGAGUUUGGUUCCAUGGGUGACAUCCUGUCAGGUGCUGAAUUCGGUAGUUAAUUAUUUUAUAUAUGCAACUUUGUCUAUGAAUCAUGAAUCGUGUGUGUGUUAGUAGCUCUUGCUAAUCCCAGUACUUUAAAGAGAAUAUGAUGGGAAAUGAUUAGAGAAGUAGAGAUUCCAGUUGAUUUUUGAAGUGACUGAGAUUAAUACUUUAAAACCUUGGGAGAACAUGUAUGUUAUCUCAGUAGUUUUGAAUUGUACAAGCAAUUUAGUGAAAAUAACUUUUCACUCUAUUUAAUUUUCAAAUACAUUGAGGUGAGAUAGGGAAAGAGAUAACAAACUGCCUUCAGUUCUGGAAUCUGACAUACAAGCACUGUUUGGUGAAUAUACACAUAAUAGGCUAGUAAUUUGAUAUUUGAAUAUGCCAUAGCAUGUGGCCAAAAAAUGUGGCCAAAAUCAAAAGAAAAACCCCAGAAAACUUGCCAGUAUAUUUUGGACUUUACAGUGUGGUUGGUAAAAUAGCCAUUGACUCUAGAGCUGUCUAGAAAUAUAUUAUCAUUUUCAAUCUAUUUCCAUACCUCCAGAUAUUAAUGUAAGGCCAGAUGAAACUCAGGGCCAGAUAGCAGUUUCCUUCAUACAGUAAAAAGCAGUGCACUUGCCCUUGUGUGUAGCUUUUUUGGAAAAAUCUUGAUUUGCUAGAUAUCCUUGAUUCUUGCCCAAAAUGUUGGAAUGAUUGUGAAUGCUGAAUGAAUGGCACACUCUUUGUACAUGUGUUAUCCCAGCGUGCUCAGUUUUCUAUGUCUGGGUCUUAUACUUUUUUAAAAAAAGUUUGUUACUGAAUAUUGGAAUUGGCCCAUAAGUGCAAACAUAUUACAUAUGAACAGUUGAAUUGCCAUUAGUGAAAUUAUAUGCUUUAAAAAAAACAAUUCAGUCUGGUAAAACCCAGUGACACUUCUUUUGAGUGCUGGAGCAAUUAUCUGGAGUUACUUUAUUUAUAUAUAUUUUUCAAAAUGGAUACCAAGACAUACAGCUACUUGAUUUAAAUUGAGUAAUGAGGAGAAUUAAGGACAUUUUAAAAAUGUUUGUUACAUUCUACUAACACUGAUGCAAGCAAGAAAAGUGGGGAAGGAUAAUCCUUUGGUGAAUGGAAGAAGUUUUGAUUUGGUAGAAUUAGUUUCCCGUUCACCAUCUUAGAGUCGCCUCCAAUGUUGCUUAAAAGGGCAUCCGAACC